AUGUUAAUCCAAAUCGUUAUAAUUUUCGUUCUUGGCCGACCAAGUUUGGGAUUUCCUAAAAGCCUGGUUUGGAAUGGAGGACCCUUGCAUUCUGAAUGUGAACAUAGUCCAGAUCUGUGGACGUCCAGAGGACAGUACGUGAAAGAGAACAUCAUAGCGACCAAGGCUUUGACACACAAUGAUAAGAUAUUUGUUAUAACUCCCAGGAUGAAGCACGGAGUCUUGGCAACGGUUUGGCAGAUAUUACAAGUCGAUGGGGUCGUUGAACUCCAGCCCUUCCCGAAUGUAAGGGCGCACUCGAUAGCAGACUGCAGUGCUGUACAAAACGCCGUAGACUUUCACAUCGACCAUCUGGGUCAAUUAUGGGUUCUUGACAGCGGAAUUGUUGACACAAACGACGAGCCGCAGUGCACGUGUCCACCGAAGGUCGUAGUCAUUAGUAUAUUCAUGAGGAAAGUGAUCAACCGCAUUGACUUGAGUUCUCUGACCAAACCCUCGACGCAGCUGCAAACUAUAACAGUGGAGUAUGGCAUAGGAGGAAAACCGUUCGUUUACGUAUCGGACGCAUCUCGUGGGGCAAUUCUAGUGUACGACCCAAUAGAGGACUCUGGGUGGAUAGUCCUUGCUUGUUCCCCCUCCGCGGGUCUCCAGCUUGCCCUAGUUAAGCGAACACUAAGACAUUCCGUGCUGAUCCUUGUGAGGUUGGAGUUUGAAGGGAUUAUUGAGCUGGACACCACUGUGUUGAGAAGAAAAAUGUCGCCGUCCACAGUUACUGUGCUCGGCGGAGACACGAAGGCAGUAACCCUUCUCGGCUCGGACGCGCACCACAUUUACUACCGACAUCUAGAAUGUUCCGACGUCCUACGGUGGGACACUCGGGAGCCCUACGAGACGUCCCACCACAAGGGCAUCCACUCCCCUGGGCCUCAUCUUGUACCCACGUCGGUCGCUUCCGACAACCUGAAGCCCUACUUACUAAUACUAGAAUCGGACUACGGAGACACGAUUCUUGGUAACUGUCCUACGCAUCAUAGAAUUAAUUUCAUCAGUGUUUAA